AUGUCUUCCGAACCUCACCACACCCCAAAUAACAAUCCGGACAACACAAGCGCAACCGGGAUUCAAAACAGUCGGAAAACUUUGUUUCCUUCGCUCGUGACAAUAGUCAUCGCGGCUCUGAUAGCACUAUUCGCUAGCGACACCGCCAACCUGUCUGCGUUCCGUCGUCUAUUCGGAUCUUCAAGUGCUGCCCGUUCAGCCGUUGGUCCUUUAUCUGCUGCAUCGGCUUCUGCAUCUGCAUCUAUUGCUGCUAGCACAGCUGUGAAAGGGAAUAUGGCGGACGAUUCGAUUUCUAAGACUAAGACGCCAGUCUAUUUCCUUAGCCAUGGUGGGCCUAGCGUCAUGUAUGACGUGGAUCACCCUGCGUAUCGUAAACUAGGUCAGAUCGGACGUGAGAUUACUACUAAGGUUAAGCCUCGUGCUGUGGUAGUUUUCUCGGCGCAUUGGCAAGGUGGUAGGGAUACGAUCUAUGUCAACACGGCCGAGAUGACGGAUUUGAUCUACGAUUUCUAUGGUUUCCCCGAUCAUUACUAUAAAGAGAAAUAUCCGAACGUCGGAAGCAAGGAAGUUGCGCACAAAGUGCUCGAUCUGCUGAAGGAAGCUGGUAUCGAGGCAAAGGGCGUGAAGCGGGGCCUGGAUCAUGGUGUUUGGGCGAGCUUCAAGUGCGCUUUCGAACCGGACUCUAAUGCUCUCAAUGUCCCUAUCGUCCAGGUUUCGCUCUUUGACACCGAAGACCCGAACCAACACUACCGCCUUGGCCAGGCUGUUGCCCGUCUACGCGAGGAAAACAUUCUGAUCGUCGUCUCCGGUAUGGCAGUGCACAACCUCCGCGAUAUGCGAUUCACUUUCGGAAAGCCGCAGCCAUUGCCUUACGCUGUUAGCUUCGAUGAGGCGUUGAAGGACGCUGCUACGGCGAAGCCCGAGGAGCGGGAGGCUGCUAUGGCGAAUUUGUUGAAGAGGCCGGAUGCUAGACAGGCGCAUCCGUCUUUCGAGCACUUGUUGCCUAUUCAUGUUGGGGCUGGAGCUGCAGGUGCUGAUCUCGGAAAGCGCCUCUGGAAGUUUCCUGAGGGAAGUAUGAGCUGGUCGCAGUACCGGUUUGGAGAGGUUGGAAAUGCUAGUGCUUCGUUAUAG